AUGCCAUCGGUAGCAGAACAACCUCUCGCGGUCUCCCUCUCGCCUGCCAGCAUCCACAAGAAACGAAGGAGAGAGGAUGGCGUUGGUGGCAUCGGAGCUGGAGCUGGAAAUACAAGCAGCAAGAAGGAGCAUGAGGCGCCGAUGAGGUUCUCUGACAUGCACAACCGCAGCCCUUACGACCAUCGCGGCUCUUACGAACCCUACGUCUCGGAACUCAGUAGAGACAGCCAGCGGACUCUGCUUACCCCUAAAAGCAGCAGGAAAUUUCAGCCGCAGCAUAAUGUUAAGAGGCAGCGGAUCGGACUUCCAGAUGCUAGUGGCUGCAUUGUGUCUAGGAAGGACAUGCUUUUGGCUUUUGAUCAAACCGCCGCUCACGCCGAUUCAGUGGUGCAGAAGCUGGGGAUGAAAGCCUCAGGAGGGAGUGGAAGUGUGCAAGGGACUUCAAAGGUUGAUCUGAGGCCCUGCCAUGUCUGCCGCCGUAAACCGACCGUCAAGGCUGAGCUGGAGGCGUUUGGCGACUGUGAGAGCUGCGGAGAGAGAACGUGUUAUAUCUGUACGAGGAGAUGUGAGGGGCCCGGGAUUGGGACUAGGCUUGGGUUUGGUGUUGCUGUUGCUGUUGAUAGAGGGAAGAUGGGAGAUGAUCACAUGGUGAUGCAGGAUGGUAGUUUCGGGUACGGUGAGAAGGAUAAGCGCGGAGGUGAGGAUCUGGAUGCGAUAGAAGGGAAUAAGGGAGGUAUGACAGUGCCGCACAAGGAUCAGAUUUGCAGUGGGUGUUGUUUGGAGAGGGGGCCGGAGGGGGAGUUGGAGGCGGCAAUGACAUUGGCACUACCAUCUGCCACAGAAUACAUGCUGUUGUGCGGAACAGCCAUAGUCUAA